CACAGCUAACAACAUAAGUAAUGAAGUUUGAAGAUAUCCUGAUGCAGAGGAGAAGGGAGCAUCAGAAGAGGCGAGAUCUCGAGGAGGAGGUGGAGGAGUUGCAAGAGAUACUUCAGGCGGAGAGAAACCUGAAUCGGGCGCUAGAGUGCGCGAUGCGCGGGCCAGCGGUUUGCCGUUCUUGCCUGUCUUCAUUCCUUCCUCUUAAGGUGCAGGUACUUCUAGCAGAAAUAGCAAUGGUCGAAGAAGAAAUAAUUUGCCUGGAGAGAAAGGUGAAAGACUUGAAACUACAUUUGUAUCAAGAGAGAGAACAGAAAGAAUGGGAUUUACAUGAACAGCGGGAGCCCAAACAGAUGGAAUUCCUAUGCAGUCCUGAAGAUGAAAGAUAUGCUCUUGAAUUGGUGACUGAAACAAGCAGCACAUCCUGCAGAAAGCCAAAGGAUAAGGAAGCUGUGUAUUCACGAAGCUGCAAUGAACCAAAUCAAAGCUGGGGCCUUUCAGAUGAAGAAACCAGUACCGAAUCACCGAACAAACUGUCAGAACAACUCAUCAAAACUCUGAUCAUCAUUUUUCAUAAACUUCACAAGUCAUCCAUGCAACCGGAAUGCAAAGAAGAUACUGUUCCUAAACUUAACAUUUCUUGCAUGAGCUCCAGGAGUGUUAUCUCCAGGUCUUCAUACAACUGCAAGUCAACCGUGUCCUCUUCGAACACUCUACAGAUAUCAGAUCCUUAUGAUGUUUUGCUAGAAGGUGAAAGAACAGCACGAGAUAUUGGAGCAUACAAGAAGUUCAUCCAUUUCACAAAGAGUUCAUUGGACAUGACUCGUAUAAGAUUAUGCGGUCCAGCAAUUAGGAAACUGAGGCAAGUAUAGUUGAUAAGCAUAUGUUACGCCAUGAACUGACAUAAUUAUUCAAUGGGGGCUUCUUACAUAUUCUAAAAAUUCUACCCUUCUCAUAGUUAGUAUCUUAGUGCAUUACACGUGUGCAUAUUGACCAUGCUCCUUCCAGGAUACACAUGGAAAUACAAUUACAUCUCAUACAUAAAAGUCCUUAAAGUUGGCAAUCGCACUUACACCAAGAAUAUGGACAUCCAGUAUAUGGCAUGAGAGGCAUACGUUGGUUCAAUUUGAAAUAAAUUAUUUACCAUGGCUUUCUUUUGUCUAAUACUAAUAAUGAGAAAUACUAACUGUCAAUAAAUAAAAUGCAUGCCUACUGGGGAUACAAUAUAAGUGGUACAAAUCAUUACUAUAGUUCUAAGUUAGUAAACAAGGUUACAACUAUUUCACUAGAAAAAGGUGAUCAUUGAGAAUACAGUGUUUCAGAAACUUAAACAUUAUUGACGAUAACGAGUUCUGCCAUUUAACAGGUAUUCUCUCUCUUAUCAGAAGCGAUCUCCAUGUGCAACCUUUGAGAAAUCAUCUUUUUUUUU